AUGUUUCGCCACCUAGUAAGAACUAGCAGAACUACUGCAGGAUUGAUAAAUACUAGAUCUGUAUUGAUCAAAAGAUCUACUGUACCACUCAUUGUACGUUCAUAUUUUUCAAGAAAUGGUUAUAAUUAUGAAGAACCACAACCUAGCAAAUUAGUAUGCUUUUUGUUAGGUGCCACAGCAGCUGCAGGUGGUAUUUAUUUCAUCAAACCAAAUAGACCAAAGCCUAAGAAAGUUGAAGAAACCCCUAUCACCCCACCACAGGAGAAAAUAUUUAGUAUAGAACCACCAAUGAGUGAAGAAAUAUUAGUACACGAGGAAUCUGUUGAAACGCCUGAGCAAGAACCAAUUGAGAACGAGGAACCUAUAAUUGAAGAGGAAACGAUUAUUGUUGAUGAAGUAACCGAUCCUGCAGUAAACGUUGGAGAGAGUGAUAUUGUAGAUGUUGAAACGAGAGCCACUGCUGUUGCUGAUAUUGAAACUGGUGCUACUGAUGUUGCUGAGAUUUUGGACACUCAUAUUGUAAGAAAAAAUAAUGACACCAAGAAAUCAAAGAUUGAUAUUGCUGAAAAAGAGAAUGCAAAAUUAGGUGAAUUGGAAGAAGAAACAAAGAAAGAAUCAGCAUACAAUCCAGAUACUGGUGAAAUCAAUUGGGAUUGUCCAUGUCUAGGUGGGAUGGCUCAUGGUCCAUGUGGUGAAGAAUUCAAGGAAGCAUUCUCAUGUUUCAUUUAUUCUGAAUCCGAACCAAAAGGUAUAGAUUGUAUUGAGAAAUUCCAAGGUAUGCAAACCUGUUUUAGAAAAUACCCAGAAUACUAUGCCGAACAAUUAAAGGAUGAAGAAGAUGCCGAAACUGUCAUGCAAUCUGAAGAAUUUUCUCAGACUAAUGGUGAUGGUACCUCUGCAGUUUUAUCGGAGGAAACCAUUAGCCUAAAUGAACAAGAGUCGCAACCAUCCGCCAACAAAGUCACGAACCAGGAGAAGAAGGAAGAAGAACCGUUCGAUUUAAUUGAAGAAAUUGAAUUAACUGAAAGUGAUUAG